AUGAUUACUUUUAUUGUACGCGUACUUACAGAUAUACCUUUAGCAGGAGCUCCACUGUCACGAAUGAAUCCAGAUUCAGCUGUACAUUUGGAAUCGAAUAUACCUGACGAUGAACUGAACGAAUGCUCAGAUACCAUUUUACCGAGCGCGUCGCCAUCAAUGAUCAAAACAUAUCUGCCACGAACGACGGGACUUAUCCUGUUCAACCCAACGUUUCUAAGCUUUAAGCGGUCUACUGAAGUGCUCAGCGCCCUGAUAAGCUCGCUCCCAUGGCAAUGUAAAGAUAUAAAAAUGUUUGGAAAAGACGUCAAGGAACCUCGAUUGACUGUCUGGAUGGGAGAUUCCUCGGCGAGCUACAAGUACUCUGGUGUUUUGUUACAGCCGACCCCUUGGACACCACUCGUGAUAUCUCUCAAGGAACAGAUCGAAGCAGAGACUGGUGCACGAUUCAACUCAGUGCUUUGUAAUUACUACCGUGAUGGCAAUGACUAUAUGGGAUAUCACUCUGACGAUGAAAAGGAACUGGGCCCGAACUCUAUUAUAGCGUCACUAAGUAUUGGAGCUGAACGACGAUUCAUAUUUAAAGCUCGAGAAGGAGUCAAAACUCCAAGGAACCUUAAGGCUGGAGACAAGAGAAGCUUUGAAUACAAACUUAGCUCUGGUAGUUUGCUAGUCAUGGCAGGAGCGACUCAAAAGUUUUGGAAGCAUUCGAUACCGAAACAAAGGGGUGUGACCGGAAGGAUCAACUUGACCUUCCGGCUGAUCAACAAGUAG